GAUCAUCUGUUUGUCUCAGUUGUGCAUGAUUCUGAAACAUUUGAAUGCAAUGACAGUGACUUAACACGCUAAAUAGAAGGCUAUGAUGAUGGAAAAUCCGGAUGAAAUGUUAACUCACUCAAAUGGUUGCAAGGACUCUAAGUCUUUAGUCUUGCCAACGAAAGAUCUACUUGAUUCAAAUGGUCGUGAUGGCACUAAAGACUCUUUGGCGUGUGAAAAGGAGAGGAGCGAAUUUUGGAAUGUUCAGGAACUUGAUGACUCUGUAUUUUUCGAAGAUAUUUCAAGAAAUAACAAACAUGAAAUUAGAGCUUCACUUCUGAAAGAUGAUCCGAACGAAGCCCUGUCUAAUUUAACAUCUUGCAAGAGAAAUGGAAAUCCUUUUGCAUGUGAUACAGCAGAUAGAGAUCACCCCUGGAGUAUUCCCAAAUUUGAGGACCCUAUAAUUGUGAAUUUCUUCGACGAUAAAGAAAAGGAAACUGUGGUCUCUAGUGCACAAUUUACCUCUCUUUCAGAGUUGUUUGGUACAAACACUCAUUUAUACACCGAUAAGGGUGUCCUGGAAUUCAAAUUGCCUGAAUCGACAAUUUGCUACAAAGAGAAUAACUAUAACAUUAUGAAAGACAUAUGCAUGGAUGAGGGUGUACCUCUCAUGGAUAAAAUUGUGACUGAAAGCAGGAAAUAUCAUCAACCUGACUCGUCUAUUUCUCUAGCUGUUGACGAACAUCAGCCUAGAAACACAAGGGAAGGUGUUGACAGUGAAUUGGUCUCAUCCGGUGAGUCCAAAGAUUCAUCAGUCGAAAAUGCCGUCAAAAUUUCUGUUGAUCAUCAUACAACUAAAGAAGAUGAGGAUACUAAAUCACUUGGUCCAAAUGGUAUAAACCCCUUCUUGGAAGAUAAUAUGAGCAAAGAUGCUGACAAGGAUUCUUCUCUGGAUGUGAUGAAGAUUUUUGGAUCAAAAGAUACUACAACGGCAAAAGCUACAAACAUAUCAGAAAAAGAAUCCGACAUUCAGAAUUUUAAGGAAUCGAACUCUGAUGCUGAUCAAUCAGCACAGCAGGCUAAUCAGAUACCUACUUUUGUAGUAGCUUUCAACAGCCAAAACACAGUCUCGGCAGCUGAUGGAACAAACAACAAUGGACCAGGUAGCAACUUCUCUAACAAUAGCAAGUCGGAAUCUGGAGCUAUUACUUGCGACUUCAACUUGACUGAGCUGGCUUUAAGUAGCAGCGUGGCGAAAAGUGACAAACACUUGCCUGAACAAUCCCAUAAAUUAGAGGCCGUCUCCGGUCAAAAGGAUGGGAGUUCUGACAGCUUUUCAGCUGCUACUCAAGUUCAUUUUGCCAAUAGUGUAGACUCCUGCAAUAGCAGUAUUCACGCCGACCCCCCAAAUGUUGCUAAUCUCGAGGAGAAGAACUGUGGUAGUAUCCCCCUCGGUGUGCAUGGUCAUUUUGCAAAUGGAGAGGCAAGUUUUGGACCUGCAUCUGGUUUGAUUUCUUACUCAGGGCAUAUAACACAUUCGGGUAACAUAUCUCUUCGGUCAGAUAGCAGCACAACCAGUGCCAGAUCCUUCGCCUUCCCAGUCUUACAAUCUGAAUGGAACAGUAGUCCAGUAAGAAUGGCGAAGGCAGAACGGAGACAUUAUAAGGGUUGGAGACAAAGCCUUCUCUGUUGUAAAUUCUAAGUCCUUUUUGUUUCUUUUUGUAGAGUUUUCAGUUACAUCAUUUCAUCAUCCUUUGUUAGUUACAUGUUGAUAUUCUUAGGAAUGAAUGACAUGUUAUUGGUGAUAGGUUUAGAAGGAGGGCUCUUUGAGUUUGUUAUGAUCUUAAAAAGUGGAGGCAGUGAAAUGUAGACUCAAUUAACCCCUUGUUUUCCUUAUAUUAUGUUCUAUCCUUCAAUAUAAUCAUUCAACAAU